AUGAUGCUCCACUACGGCUCAUUUCCCUUCCCGGUUGAGGAGGGCAAGCGCAUGACCUGCGACAUCUUUCUCCGCAGCAUCUAUAUGAUGUCUCGCACUGCACUUAGCGUGCUGUGGAGAGACUACGGUUCGAUUGGCGGGGUGCCACAGACUAGGCAAAGGAGACCAGUUGAUGAUGUUAGGCUUCUUUUUCAGAGUAUGGCUAGUGAGAAAGACGAAGAAGAUGAUGCUGCGCGGACAGAAGAUGACGACGAAGAUCUUCUGGAUGUUUUGUUCUUUGUGAUGCAUCGGGUGCAAGAAGAGAGAAGUCCGAAGUGCAGUAGCAAAAGAGAGAGCGUGAAGAAGGCUGCGAGUGCGCUGCCGAGUUCAUGCUCGAGGAAUUUGGGAGGGACGGUUGAGCGCGGAGACUUAAGAAGUAUGUUGGAAUUGAUUAUUGUGUUGCUGAAUAGCAGGGUACUGGGCACGAUGGCGCCUCCAAACAAAAACGUCAUUGGCUGCAUGAUGAACGCUUUCAUGCCCGCCUCAUCCGAGCAUCUCGGGAGCGAAUGGGAAACGUUUCGCAAUGUUGUUCUCGGAUCUUGUCCAAACCUCAUAGCCAUCCUCUCAGCCUUCAUCGAACGUUCAUUUCAAAUCACCAAUUUCUUUUGGCUCCAGGCUGAGACGUUGCCGAAAUCUCUGAAUGAAUUCCGCGGGAUCGUCUCGCAAUCGAACAUCAUCUCGGCAGAUCAGCUUUCUCAGCUGCUUUUGGUCAUUCCCGUAGGGCUUGUUCUGCAUUUCAAUAACAUCACAUAUCGUGGAGAGUCUGUGGCGGAACAUGCCAGUCAAAUUGCAAGUCAUCUGCAAACGCCCGGACGACUUCUCAUAGGAAGAUGUUUGGAUGGAGCUAGUGCACACGAUCCACAGAUCAUAUGCGCAUACACUGGCUUUCCAGACAUGUAUGAUGGCUACUUGUCUAGUACCGUAGCUCCGCGAAGUGGAAGCAUGGUUUUCAGCCUCACUCCCACGCACGAGAUGUAUGCGGCGGAAAAACAAGAAAUACAACUCAACAUCGGUGUCAAAGCGGAUCCCAACGAGGUGUCGCAAGAUGAACAAGCAGGAAUCAUGGAGAUCCCGGACGGGAAGUGCCUGCUUGAGGUGGAGAUUGGGUCUCUGUCACUAGAGCGCCUGAUCGGAGCUUUUGAGCUCUGGACGAUGUAA